UAAAAUUCUCUUAACAAUCGUUUUUUUAGUUUCGAUUGUAAUAGCAAUAUACAUCACAGUGAUUUAAAAAUCAUCAUUGAAUAUAUUUCUACUCACCACUAGCUGAUUUUAAAUAAUACGUAGCAUCUCUCGUUAAUUAAAUCAUCGGAAAGAGUGUGUAUGUCAUAUGCAUACACAUUUUUCUAAAAAUCAUUCUUGCUGGUUAUAUAUGUACAUAUGUAUAUAAGUUCAUAAUUGCAUGGAGAUACCUAUUACGUAAUUAUGUGUAGAGUAAGCAUAUACAUAAAUAUAUACUCGUAUAAGUACUAAACAUUCAACACACUAAACUGAAAUGAUUACUUGUUAUUAAACAAUACGAAACAGUAAACAAUUAGUAAGCAUUCGAAAGCCUAACGGUGAAAUUGAAACAUUUUUUUUCUCAACAAAAAGCAAAAGCAAAAAUACAGGAAAGAUGAGAUUAGUGUGCUUAUUAAUGGUGCUAAUCAUAUAUAUAGGAAUUGAAGCUGCGAAUAUUCCUAUUAAUAUGGAUUCUGGUACUGUUAGUUUAAAGGAUACAAACUCAAACAGUCUAGACACAGCUUUAGUAGUAGCCGUACAACGAAACUGCUUCAUAAAUCAUCUCGGAAUGUGCAUAGAAACCAACACUAUAAUAAAUGCAAAAUAUUUGGAAUUUGAAAGCGACAACCCAACCACCGAGGAAAGUUCAUCAAGACAGAAAUCAAUACACGAAUCAUCCGCAAUUGAACUAAAUUGCCCUAAGGAUCAUCGCGGAAGGUGCAUAGAAACCAGCACUAUAAUAGAUAGAAAAUAUUUCGCCUCCGAGGAAAGUUCAUCCAACCGCGAUUAUGAUGAUUUGCUUUAUAAAAUAUUCUAUGGCUAAAGGAUCACCUCUGAAACUGAAUUGAAGUCAGCUAAACGGCAAAUACUACGAAAAGAAGAUCAUAAAGUUGAACUCCCAGAAAAGUGCAUGAGACCAAAAUACUGAUAUUUCCUCUUUAAAUGAUAUAUUAUUUUCUAUUAAUUGUGUAAAAAAAAUAAAACCAUUUUGCUGUAC